AUGAGGUUUCAAUCAUUAUCAGUGGCUCUUUUGCUAUUAAUAGCGAAUGCCUCUGCACAACGUUCUGGUGGAUAUCCUCCACAACAUGCUCCUACACAUGCCCCUACACAUGCCCCUGCUCAUGCCCCUACACAUGCCCCUACUCAUGCUCCUACUCAUGCUCCUACUCUUGCACAUCACACUACAAAGAGAACUACCCCUCUACGUAGACCUCCCACUACUCAUGCACCUAUCCAUUCGACUACACAUAAAAUCAGUUCUAUCAAGCAUUCUACAACACAUAGACCUACCCAUAAACCUAGCUCAACCAAGCAUUUGACUACCCAUAGGACUACCCAUAAACCUAGCUCUACCAAACAUAGUUCUAUCAAACAUACCUCUACCAAGAAACAUACCUCUACCAAACAUACCUCUACCAAGAAACAUACCUCUACCAAGAAACAUACCUCUACAAAACAUACCUCUACCAAGAAACAUACCUCUACCAAGAAACAUACUACCACUUCCACUAAAUGUCAUCAUACUACCACAAAGAAAGUCACUACUACCACGCAUCAUGCGUUACAUCAUGAAUUACAUCACAAAGAGGAACAUCAUGGGUUACAUCACGAAGAGGAACAUCAUGGGUUACAUCACGAAGAAGAGCACUCCCACCUUCAUGAAGUAGAACAUUUCCAUCAUCAUCCUCAUUAUCCUCCAAAGAAACAUAUUACUCCUGCUGGAAAACCACUAGAUGUGAAGGUGCAUCACAACCAUCAUCCUCAUUAUCCUCCAAAGAAACAUAUUAUUCCUGCUGGAAAACCAUUAGAUGUGGAG